CCCAAAGAACAGACGUGCUCGCCCUGGCGCCCGAGCUGCGCGCACGAGGUCCCGGUGCGCGUCCCGCCGGCCCCAGCGCCGGAGCCAGAGAGAGAGAAGGAGCCCCGCUGCCGGCAGCCCGCGCCCGCCUCCUGCCCGGAGCAGCCGCCCGAAGAUGCCCCUCCGCAGCCUGCACGCGGCUGCCGUCCUCCUACUCGUGGUCUUAAAGGAACAGCCUUCUAACCCAGCCCCACUCAACGGAUCCAAGUGGACGUAUAUAGGUCCCGACGGGGAGGAGAGCUGGUCCAGGAGCUACCCAUCAUGUGGGGGCCUGAGGCAGUCCCCAAUAGACCUGCACGAUGACAUCCUCCAGUACAACGCCAGCCUUGUGCCCCUUGGCUUCCAAGGCUACAGUGAGUCUGCCAACCAGCAAUUUGUCCUGACCAACAAUGGCCAUUCAGUGAAGCUGAAACUGCCCAAGGACAUGAACAUCCAGGGCCUCGGGGCCCGCUACAAUGCCUCGCAGCUGCACCUGCACUGGGGGGACCAGAAGGACCCUCACGGCUCGGAGCACACUGUGGGUGGGAAGCACUUUGCUGCCGAGCUGCAUAUGGUCUAUUAUAACUCGGACCUGUACCCCAGUGCCAGCUUCGCCAUUGACAAGCCAGAAGGCCUCGCGGUCCUAGCUGUUUUCAUAGAGAUGGGCUCCUUCAAUCCAUCAUAUGACAAGAUCUUCAGUCACCUUGAAGAUGUAAAGUACAAAGGCCAAGAAGUGUCCAUUCCGGGUUUUAGCAUUGAAGAGCUGCUGCCGGAGAGGCCUGAGGAGUACUACCGCUACCGAGGGUCCCUGACCACACCUCCUUGCUACCCGACCGUGCUCUGGACGGUUUUCCGGAACCCUGUGGAAAUUUCCCAGCAGCAGCUGAUGGAUUUGGAGACAGCCCUGUACUGCACACGGGUGGAUGACCCAUCCCCUAGAGAGAUGAUCAACAACUUCCGGCAGGUCCAGAAAUUUGAGGAGAGGCUGGUGUACGUCUCCUUCCGAAGUGAAGCAGCAAAAAAGUUGCCAACAAAGGAGUUAUCUACAAACCGGCCAUCAUGCAGGAGACUGAGACCCAUGCCUGAGGCCCUGGCAUGCCCAGGCAUGUCCAAGGAAGGACUUGGCUUUGGACACAACCUGCUGUGGCUCCCUGGACACUUGAAAUACCUGAGGGUUCUCUGGAGUUCCACCCACAAGCACCCCAGACCCUUGGGGGACCCCACCAUCCUGAUGCCAUGCCACCCCCCAGUGGGAGCGUGGAUGGGGAAAGCUUGCCUAGGAGGCAGAAAGUCUGAGCUGUCUGCUUCGUGAGUGUGAGACCAUGAAGUGGUCCGGAUUCGGGGAGCACAAACCACGUCACCCGCUGUGGGCUGUUAAUGUUUAGAAAACACUCUCAUCCAGGCCUUCACUUGAACGUGGUUUCAAGUGUCCUGGCAAUUCUGCUUCUUGUCCGUGCUUUCAGACCAGAACACGGACUCUCUCUGCACUCAGACUUAGAGUCUGCUCUCGAGACAC